UUGGGCAAGACAAGCUACACCAGGACAAACCACAAGCAUUCUCGUCGCGCUUCCUGAUAACUACCGUCUCUAUGAACACAUAAAAUCUCGAACGACAGAUGGAGAAGCUCCAAAGAAGAAUCAUGCGGGAGGAGGACAUGACCGGCAAGACGCGUACCUUUAUGGCCAUCCGAUGGGUCCGAAGAAACGCUUUCGGAGCCCGGCAGACUUUUUCCCUCACCUGCUUUGGCUUUGUACAGAUGUCAAUGGUAACACCGAUAAUUGCUCGUGCAAGCUAUGCUGCCCCGAAGAGAUUGAAGAGAAGAAGGCUCCGCAGGCCGCGCAGUCACCCAUCAAUAAAGAAGAGCCCGAGGUGAUGCCAGAGCCAAAAGACAUUUUGCCACCACAGGGAACCAUAAAUGAAUCAUCAAAUCGAUCUUUAUCCAAUCUGCCGUCUCUAGUGCGCAAACAGUCCCCUGUGCCACAGUUGGCAACUACUCCUCCCACUGUUCCAGCGCCGUCACAGCUCCCAACUCCCCGCUCGAUAGACCAGCAGAUUGACACAUCGUUCAACAAGUUCCACAAUCGUACCGCUGAAAUAGUCUGGUUCCAACGUGGCCAGGCGUGGGCCCUCGGAGUGAUCACUCGCCGAUAUAGGACGAAGAAUGAGCAACAGCAAGAAGCUCGUCAUUAUGUAAUUCAGCCACUAUCUUAUCCCCUCCACAAUCCUCCAUUAGCAAUUAUAACAGACGAAAGCCAUCUGCGACCCUGGCUAGCGUGGAGUCCUCCUCCGCUCACACACCAAUCCAUCCACGAUCAGCCCAUUCGCAUUGUACCUUAUCACAGCAUCGACUGGGUGGGUGUCUCAGAAGGCAAAUAUGGCCCGGGUGAGGUCGAGGUAGAUGCCAGUAUUCUUGCGGCGAAAAGCGUCGAAGACACCUUCACUUUGACUGAACCUCUGAAACGUACUACUUCAGGAGGAGUAGAAGAGAAACGUUGGAACUGUAUCUUUCUAGGGGGCGAAAAGAUCUGGCUCGGGGACUCUCUCCGACUGCGUAUUGCCCCCGGCAAUACCGUCAUGGCGCUAACAGAGAUUAUCGAGCGAGUGACCAAAAACCAAUCAACCUAUACACUUGUGGGAGACUUAUACUCUCUCGUGGCUCUCAGUGCAACAUCUCAAGAGCCGCCUGAAAAUCGCAACAUCCCCAUACGCAUGCGCGAAGACCUAAAAUGGCGAAAUGGUAUUACGAACACCGCGAAGCGUGGUAAAAGCUACUGGAAGCUCAUCCAAAACGAUUCCCGCCUAUCUAUCAACCAAAUCAAGGGCCGAUGGUACGAAGACUCAUAUUUAUUGCCUUUGUUGUCGCAAAACAACAGUCAGCUCCAACAGGAACUAGCAAACGGUCAAGUGACAGAGCAAAACGGGUUCUUGAACUCCAGAGGAGACUCAACGAUUCUAUACAAUAGCCAAGAUAAUCCAGGAAUACGUUGUGCUGACAGAAAAGACGCAUUUGGAAAGAGUAUACCGGCGCAUACGGUAUUUGCAAGUGGCAUCGAUCCGCCCGCGCAGAGUCAAAGGACACAACAACAGCAGACGCAACCGCAAAAUUACGAGCCGCAAUCACAAUCACAGUCACAGUCACAGUCACAGCAACAAGGCCUAGAGCAGUUUGUGAAUCUGGAUGGUGAAGAAGUCCCUGGGUUUGGACAGCAAUAUAGCUCGCAGGGGCAGGAACAAGGGUUUUUCUGAUCCACGUAUCUACUUGAUGUUGAAAGAGCUCAAGUGAUACCCAAGAUUCGUUCAUACGGAUUUGUUAUGUAUCAAUACCAUGCAUAGUGACACAUAGAUUGCUCGUGCAAGCGGCUCGGCGCAAUGAGAAACAUCCUGAUGACCAGGUAAUGUCUUUGACGCCGACUGACGACGAAUACAUCAGCAUAGAUCUCUGAUAUAUGAUGGCCGUACUUUCUGUAUCUUGAUAUUAACGAUACCC